CAUGGUAUAGAGAAAAAGUAAUUUUUCUUUUUCGAGCGUUGGGUGACAGCCGCAAAAACUUAACAAAAUUUUCUUAUUAACUAAAAAGCAGCAUAUAUAUACAAAAAUUAACGACGGAAAUAAAUACUACAACUAAUUAACUAAAUCAAACAAAACCCUCUGAUCUUCUUUGCAAACAAAAAAGAUAAAUUCUAUUCAUUUUCAAAACUAAACUGUAGUGAGUGUGCAAAUUCAAUUUAAGCAAUAUCGGGUUUGUUUCAAAUACGUUUAACGCGUCUUAAAUUUCAAUACCGCGCGCAAGUUGCUGCUUAAAAGUUAAACAAAAGCAGACAACAUGUCGUCUAGUUCGCGUCGUCGUGGCGGCGGCGGCGGUAUGGAAAUGAAUUCCAAAUUACACAUGGAUCGUCAACCGACUGUAACCAGAAUAAAUGAUCCCUCAUUGCCGGCUGGAAAACGUCGUGAGAUCGACAACGUCAUGAAAAAGGCACGAGCCAACACCAACGACUAUUGGGACAAAAAAUUGCUGGAGGUCGAGGAAAAGGAUCCCAACCGUUGGCGUCACACGGGCUACAAGAAAAUGUACAUACAGGGAGAGAGCAGUUCGGGAGAAAGUGAUCGUGAAAGAGGUCCUUCGGUCGGUGAAAGAGGUGCUGGAGGUGGUAGCGGUGGCGCCGGUAAUGGUUAUCGUGGUUAUAACUCCUCUUCGGCGGGUGGCCCACCCGGUGCAAUGCCCGGCGGUCGUUAUGGUCGUUCACCACGUUCUCGUUCGCCUCGGUCACGUAGUCGUUCGCGUUUGCGUAAAACCCCGCCGCAAUCACCGCCUAUGCGUCGUCGUUCACCUCCACCGCCGCGUGAUAUGGAUCGCAUAAGUCGUAAUCGUGUUUCGCCACCAUCGUCAAUGGAUGGCCGCGACCGGGGACGUCCUCGUUCACCACCAUAUCGGGGUGGUGCACCGCCGCGUUCACCCGACAUGGGUCGUCGUCCAAUGGGCGGGGGAGGUGGCAGUGGUGGUCGACCGCGUUCACCACCAGAACCUCCAAUACGUCGUCGCAGUUCGCGUUCACCCAUUGACAGAGAGCGGGAAAGGCGUCGCGUUACACCGCCCAAUAUAAGUGGUAGUCGUCGUCGUACACCACCACCGCCGGUUUUGGGUCGCGGCGGUGAAAUACCUCCGAAAUCGUCUAGGGCGCAAAUAUUGCCCCGUUCCAAGAGACCACCAUCACCGCCACCCAGGUCUUCUUGUCGUUCGCGUACCAAUAGUUCGUCGAGUAAUUGUUCCGAUGAUUCGUGUUCGGUUUGUUCACCCAGUCAUCGGCAUCGUUCUCGUUCAAUGUCAAUGCACCGUCCACCACGCGAGCGUGGGCCUCGUUCGCCACCACCGAAAUCAUCAUCAUCUCGGUCGCUGCAAUAUCAUCGCGGUGCAGUGCCCCCUUCGUCGUCAUCCUCCACCUCAACAAGUGGUCGCCUGCCCGUACGUCCCAGUUCACCGCCACGUAGCUCUGAGCUAGACAAAUAUCAACGGGAAAUGAACGUGCGUCGUAUUAGUCGUCAGCGCAGCAUUGAUGAACACGUCUCUGAUGGUCCGGUCAAGGUAAGGACAAGCCGUCAUUCACCGCUUGAAGAUCCGCGUUUGAAAAAUCGGCCACCCGAACCACCAGAGCCCACACCUGCUGCAGUGGUUCCCGUGAAAAAGAAGAAAAAAGAAAAAGAGUUACGCACACGCAUCAAAAUCGAAGGUGAGAAACGUAAAAAACAUUCAUCCUCCGAAUCGGAUGAUUCGGGUGGUUCGGACUCCGAUGAGACCCCUUUGCCCACAUUUACCGCAACAACGCGUCUAACGUUAUCGGAACGUUUCGGAAAGAUGGCCCAAUGGUCCAUAGAUCGCAGCAAUAUGGAAAAUAUGCGCAUUACAAAAGAUUCUGCGGGUGGCGCUCUAAAAGUUAUGAUUGAAGAGGGCCUUGAAUCUCCGCCGCGUCGUUAUUCGUAUUCACCGGCACCGGUUGGCCAUUUUCCCGAGGAAUUGGCAACAACAGCACCGUCGGGUAUGCUGUCGUGGGAUGAUGUACGUGUACGCUAUGAUUACUAUAAAUCGCGUGGCUAUUUGAGAGACUUAGAUUUGAAGGAUUACAUAAAAUGGGAAGAAUGGUGGUAUAAAUACCAGGAAUGGCUCAAGCAUGAACGUUACUAUGAAUACUGGGAACGUCAACAACUUGCCCGCCAGCGUAGACGUAAAAAGCUACCCAUCACCCAGAGACUCAAUUAAUUUGUAAACUUUGUGACUACAUUUUGGUUUAUUUAGUUUUCAAACAAAACAAAAAGAAAAUGUCCUUUGACUCCUUCUACAUUUGAAAGUAAUUAUCAAGAGUAAAUGACUUCAUUCUUCUCUCAAGAGCAUACGUCUUUUGCUGCUCGCCGAAGAAGUUUGUUGUUAUAUUUCUUUUCGCUGCAAUGGUUUGUAAACUCUAUCCAAUUAUAAUUCUGUGUACAUUUUGAAUGUAUGA